GAUUUCUGUGGCUUUCAAGUUCGUUUUCAAUAGAUGAUCGAUAAAGUAAAAACCUAUCGUCAUCAGUCUAGCGAAUACUGAACCAAAAUGGUGAUACUGAUUUUGAUUUCUUUGCAAGCUAUAAUUGCAAUUACCGCUGGAAAUGGCUUCCAAUACAUCGGGUCGUUCAGAUCAAGAAUGAGUGUUCAAGGAAGAAGUACGCAGCUGUUUGACGAAAGUAAUUAUUACAUUAGUCAGAAUUGGGGUGCCUGCAAUACUGCACAGAAAGAUUGUAAAAACCUACUAAACGCUAAUUUACUCGCUGUGGAAACGGAGGAAGAAUGGAAAUAUGUCAGGGAAAUGUUGAAGAAUUAUGGAUUUGCAACGGCCUAUUGGACCAGUGGAGAGUAUGCUCGAACUGAUUGGCGAUGGUCGGCGAAUGAUAUUGCAUUGGCACCAUUUGCACCAUGGGAAAGUGGGCAUCCGAAGAAAGCAAACCCCCUUUUGAGUGUGUUAAUCAAUUAUAGAAAUCGUUACGAUGCUACUUGGAGUACCGUUCCAAAUACACAGCUGCAUCGAUAUAUUUGCGAGGAAAAGUUACAAGCUCCAUCGGCGCCUUCACCCGCUCCUUCAUCCGCGACCUCACCCGCUCCUCCGUACACACUUCUGUCCACGCCUUCGCACGCAUAUCCGUUCCCGGUCUCGUCCGCGAUUCCGUUCACCGUUAAACAGGUGCCUCCAAUAUUAACCUCCUGUUAUCAAACCAGUGACCUAGUAAUUGUACUCGAUGUGAUGUUUCCCGAUAUAUUUCGCUGGAGUUAUUAUUUCGAAAGAGCAAAAGAACUAGCAGACCGACUGGCCAGCACAUUCACCACUCACAGUGAGAAUCGAAUUUCUUUUGUAACUUAUUCUCAUUAUGCAGCCACUCGCAUCGACAUGACAAAUUCGUUAAGUCCAGUUGAAGUAAGUUCGAAAAUUUUGACGACUGAUGUCGAAGCUGGUAACAGCUGUAAUAUCCUAUCGGGAAUUCAGUUGGCAACAGAACAAUUACUCUCGAACUAUCGAGGAGUUACAAUGAAUAUGGUAAUAUUUACCGGUUUCCAAUCCGACUCACCGUAUGAGACUACUGCUAUGGCAAAAGAAGCUAUCGACUCGGGCAUCCGGACAUUUUCCGUUGGCAUAACGCCCCACAUCAAUGACCACGAACUGCGUGAGAUGGCUGGAUUUAAUACUAGCCGAAUAUUUACAACAGCGGAUUACGAUGAUGUGAACUAUUGGUGGGCGCUACUUAGUAAUGUAGUAUGCAGGUCAUAAGGAAUUCACAUGUUUAGUGCGCCGAGGAAUUUGAAUUUCUGUUACUUUAUUAAACGCGCCAUGGCUACAGAUUCAUCAACAUUGCCAACAUAAAAAAUUUAUUAUUUUUUAUUUAACAAGUGAACAGUGACUGUUGGCAUUAUUGAAACGUGUUGUGUCAAGUGGGUCCGUUUAAUGAAAAGUUACAAUAGUUCAAAUUAUUUGGCGCACUAAACACGUCAAUUCACAUUAAUUCAUUAAAAUGUGAUAGA